AUGGCAAAAGAUACAACAAUUGAAAAUUGUCUUCGCUGGUACUUAAAAGCAACUGCAGAUAAAAAGCCAAAGAAGAAGAUUUGUUGUGCUUGCGCAAAGACGAAGAAACUGAGGGAUGAAUGCAUUGUGGAACAUGGCGAAUCUGCUUGUGAGAAAUGGAUUGAGGCUCAUCGUAUAUGCCUUCGAGCUGAAGGCUUCAACGUUUGAAAUUGGUUAAUUCUCCUAAAAAGAAGAAAGCUGAUAUAGUUAUGUAGAAUGUCCGGUUUGUGUUGGCAUUACGCAAAUUAAU